AUGCAGUCCCUGAGACAGAUGCGGCCGGCAGGCAAGCUCCUGAACCAAGCCGCGAAGCGUGCAUACAGCGCCUCUGCAGCUGGCCCUUACACCAAGACCAUCGACAACCUGCGCAUCAACUCCGAGACCAAGGUGCUUUUCCAGGGCUUCACUGGCAAGCAGGGAACCUUCCACGCGCAACAGGCCAUCGACUACGGCACCAAGGUCGUCGGUGGAACGAACCCCAAGAAGGCCGGCCAGGAGCACCUCGGUCUCCCCGUCUUCGGUAACGUCAGCGAGGCCGUCAAGGAGACUGGCGCCGAUGCCACCGCCAUCUUCGUCCCCCCCCCUCUGGCCGCCGCCGGUAUCGAGGAGGCCAUUGCCGCCGAGAUCCCCCUCGUCGUCUGCAUUACUGAGGGUAUCCCCCAGCAUGACAUGGUCCGCAUCACCAACAUGCUGAAGACGCAAUCCAAGACCCGCCUCGUCGGCCCCAACUGCCCCGGCAUUAUCGCCCCGGGCCAGUGCAAGAUCGGCAUUAUGCCCGGCUUCAUCCACAAGCGCGGCCGCAUCGGCAUUGUCUCCCGCUCCGGCACCCUCACCUACGAGGCCGUCAACCAAACCACCCAAGCCGGCCUCGGCCAGUCCCUCGUCGUCGGCAUCGGCGGUGACCCCUUCAGCGGCACCAACUUCAUCGACUGCCUCAACGUCUUCCUCAAGGACGAGGAGACGGACGGCAUCAUCAUGAUUGGCGAGAUUGGCGGUUCCGCUGAGGAGGACGCCGCCGACUUCCUCCGCGCCAACAACACCGUCAACGGCGGCAAGCCUGUCGUCUCCUUCAUUGCCGGUAUCUCCGCGCCCCCCGGCCGCCGCAUGGGUCACGCCGGUGCCAUUGUCUCCGGUGGCAAGGGCGGUGCCGACUCCAAGAUCUCCGCCCUCAAGGCCGCCGGCGUCAUCGUCGAGCCCUCUCCCGCCGGUCUCGGCAAAGCCCUCUACGACGAGUUCGUCCGCCGCGACCUCUUGUAA